CGAAAAGUUUAGUUUUGACUUGGCAACCAUGUGUUUGUUUGGGGCAGGAGAGCGCGAAAAGGAACUGAACUGAUAAGGAUGAAAAUCAACGAGCGAUUCAUACAAGUGAUCGAUUUUGUUAAUUUAUUCUGAAAAAAGGCGUUGGUCCACGCGUUUUUUAAUCAUUUUUUGUCAUUGUCAGUUUUAAAAUUCAGUUUUUCAAUCUUUGUAACCACCUACUAGUCUGCGUAUAUUCAUUUUUCAAGGAAAAGCAAGCUCCAACUUUGUCCUUUCCUCUGAGGUUAUUUUUGGAAAAUAUUUGUAUUCUCCGAUCUCUUUUUCUGUAGUUUCCCGCAAUCUCUUAGUUCUUCAAGUAAAUAUGGAUCCACUGCAAUUGCUAAGCGACACCUUGAGUGUUAUCACCAUCUCUAUGUGCUGUGUCCUUAAGGUGCCGCAAAUCAUGAGUUUGCUGAGAGUCAAAUCAUCAGCGGGCAUUAGUCUGACAAGCUUAGGCUUAGAGCUUUCAAGUUACACAACAACAAUGCUUUACAAUUAUGUCAAUGGUUAUGCCCUGCUAUCUUACCUUGAGUAUCCAAUAAUUCUCCUCCAAGAGAUUGUCCUCAUUGCGCUGGUUCUCAACUACAGUAAUAAGUUGAAUAGAUCCACCUUCUUUCUAAGUUUGGUCUACUUCUCAUACUUGAUUGGAUUUGCAACUGGGAUCUUUCCUCCAAAAAUUCUGAUGCUCAUCAUUCCUCUCUGCACCCCAGUAUCUCUGUCUAGCAAGAGUAUUCAACUGUGGGAAAUCUUGCGAACACAUGAUGUUGAAUCUUUAAGUGUCGUAUCUUGGCUGAUAUCUGCUCUGACCAACUUUGCGAGGGUUUUUACGAUUGCCAUGGAUUCAGCUGAUCGGAUUCUUCUAGCAAACGUUACGCUUUCGACUGCACUUAGUCUGUGCAUCAUGUUCUCUGUGAUGUAUUUCGGAAAGAAAAAGAAAGAUUAAGCUGGAGUCGAGAUAGUAACCCAAAUCAUUUUAAGGGUAGCUAGUGAGAUUAUUUUAAAGUUACCAAAAUGAUUUUUUAAUUUUAGUCUUCCCAGGAUCAAAUUCUUUUAGUCCAGUAUCACGCUGUGCCCCUAGUUGCCAUUUGUUUUUUCCUGCACGUCUCGUCCGUUUUGAAUAAGCCUCUUGAGUAAGGUCAAAGAAAUGUUCUUUCUCUCAGCAAUGAAUCUUCAAUUUUUCAUUCUCGUUGGCAUUGCAGAAAAGCUAAUACCUCUGACAUAAGUAGCCUUGAACUUUUUUCUUUCUUUCUUUUUUUUUUCUGUAAAUGCUUUCUCCUCAUCAAAUUUACCUCCAACACAAAUAGGAAAUCGUGAAAUUUGUUUUUUGAAAGGUACCUUUGCUGAGCGUUAUGGCCUCUUUCCUACAGUCUCUAGUAUUGAAGCAUCAAAGGCUCUUAUAUUACCCGUCAGUACGGCAAAAAAAUGUGAAUGAAAUUACUGGAACUCAGGCAAAUAUUUUAAUUAUUUAGCGUUACACUGUACUUUUGAAACUAACAAGGACACAUUGUGUAAAAUGGAGGGAGGAGCCCAAAAUUGUUCGCCGUAGGUAUUUGCUUGUUUUAAGUCAAGCUUUGCAGCACUGACGAAAUGAGGAUUUGUUAAAUUGAGAGGGAAAAGUUCUUUGAUUUGCCCCGAUUAAGUGGCAUUUGUUUAACUGUUAUGUUGUCUAUUGCCAAUUCUGCUUUGCUUGCGCCAAAAGCCCUUUCUCAUUGUUAUCAAAGUAUUCAAAGUCUUUGCAAAAAUAGGGUGAUUUUUUUCCGGGUGUACAUUUGUAUGGUGUACAAGUUUCAUAGUGUAUACGCUAAAAAGUGUUGUUUCUUAUGUUGCAAAUUUCCCUUUUGAUGGAAGUAUUGUAUCCAUCUAUUACAUGCCUUUUGGCUAACUUAGCAUUCCAGUCUAUGUUUAAAUGAACUGUGAUUUUUGAUCAAACUUUCCUGUUGGGAGUAACUCGUCAGUGCCAUGGGGUCUGUACCAUGCAAGCGCCCUUUCAAUUCUAUUUUGCUCCCUUAUUACAUUUUUAUUAACAUAAUCUAGUCAAUAUGUGUUAAAUGUAUUAUUUAAUUGCACGCAUUAUGAAAGUUUAGGUAAGUUCGAAAAUUAAAGGUGUUCGACAAUAGCUUUAAAAGAACAAAAACUCCAUUGCUUUAGUAACACCUUCUCAGCAAGGAUCAUAAUUGAAACUGGCAAACACUCUGGUUUACACUUGUAUUGUUUUAACGGUUGAUACUUGUUUUUUAUUAUUAUCAUUAUAUAUAGACUGUUGGCUGAAAUCCUAGAAUGUUAUUGCUAAAUGCAGCAAUAAAUGCAGCCUUUUAUUCUUUAGUUGCUGCCUCGAAAGUUUUAAGCUAGUGAUUAGAUUUUAUUGUCGUAGAAAGAACAAGGUUUAGGUAUGAACCAAUUCACUUUCUUGCUUUAAUUUGAUUAUUUCUGGUAAUUUGUAAUAUAAUUUGACCUAUCUCUAGCUCAGAAACCAUGACUUUACUUUAGAUGAGACAUGUUUGUAGAUUGGAGAGUUUUAUUUUUUUAGCCAAUUCUAGUGUAAAAUAUCUGUCGGAAUUAAAUCUUGUUUUCUCAUUAUUGAA